AUGCCUCGCCCUAAAGCGCCGCCAACGCCGGCGGCUUCAACUGAUCUGAUCGCACAGGAUUAUACUGACGUGGGACAAUCAUUCGUCCUGCCACCAGCAGCGAUGGACCAGAGAGGCGCUGCAAGGAUGUCGCCGCCCGUAUCGCCUGGGCACAAUCCAAAGAUGUCGAGUCCACCCAGGAAACGCACGCUCUCUGGCUCACACAAGCGCGAAGAUGCAAUGCAGUUUGAUCUGCCUCCCCCACCUAGCAGAGCCAGAAAAAUCAUCCAGAUGAAGCCGAAGACUGGCUCAACUUCGUCUUCAUCAUCUGAGCCGGCCUUAUCUACAGUGACUCCCGCGAAGCCCGCCCAAGCGGCCGGCACAAAGCGCAAGCAGCCAUCUGCAACCAGCGCCGCAGGACGAAAGAUAGCACGAAAGACUGCGCACUCUAUCAUAGAAAGGAGAAGACGCAGCAAGAUGAACGAAGAGUUUGGCGUCCUGAAGGACAUGAUACCUGCUUGCGAAGGUGUCGAAAUGCACAAGCUGGCGAUCCUGCAAGCUGGCAUAGAGUAUCUCCGAUAUCUCGAAGGCUGUAUCACGCAAAUGAAGCAGGAGAAGGAACAAGAUCAGCCCGACGAUACCUCGGACGCCAGCCUCGACGAAGAAGAGUCCCCUGAGCCUGAGCCUGAGCCCGAGCGGCCAUCGGUGGAUUGGUCAACCAAGAGCAACAGCAUAGACUGGCAGUAUCGCAAACCGUCGAUCGCGACAACUGACAGCUCAUCGAAUCCGUCACCAAACUUAUUGCCACGGCUGGCGCAGCCAACGCAUCGACCCAUUCUCCCCAGCAUCCCCACAUUCAGCGCGUCUCCGCGGCCUGGUCCUCAGUCAAGCACACCAACCCCAACGCUACUAUCGCCCGCCUUCGGUGCGAUCCAAUUCUCGCCGGAAUUGUCUCGGGUGUCGACGCAUACGAGUUUGGGCGUGCUUGCACCGUCUCCAAAUAUCCUACCUCUACCACAAGCGAUGAUGAGCCUAGAAAGGCAGCACAAGAACGGCAGUCCAGCAGUCAGCGAAGGCGGCGCAGAAGCAACUGCCACGGCGGCACUUAUGAUGAUGAGUAGUAAUGACAGGAGGUUGGAGAGUGCGGAAAGGAACAGCAGAGGGAAGGGCAUGAGCGUGAGGGAUUUGUUGACAUCGUAG